AUGGCGCCGUCUGCAAUUCCUACUCCCGCUCCCUCCGCUGCCCCCUCCUCAGAUGCAGAGCUGCUGCAGUUCCUCCAGCAGCUUGAAGCACCACUCAAGAACCUCCCCCAGCUCGCCAAAGACUUCGAAGCCACAUUCCAUGACCUCGCCCUCACCUCGACAUCGCAGUUCCUGCCCACGCCCGUGCGCGUGCUCCCUAGCGGUGAUGAGACGGGCCAGUUCCUCGCUCUCGAUCUCGGCGGGACUAAUCUGCGUGUCGGGGUCGUCGAGCUCUUUGGUAGGAGCUCUCUCGAUACGGGCGGUGAGAGACUGUGCAUUCCCACGCAAGGCAGCUGGAACAUCCCGGAGCACCUCAAAUCCAGCACCGCUGAGGACCUCUUCCACUGGGUCUCGGAGCGCAUCCGCGAUGUCCUCCGCGAGACGUCAACAACGGCGGAGGUGAUGGAGCUCGGUAUCACGUUUAGCUUCCCGAUGGAGCAGACGUCGCACACGUCGGCGCUGUUGAUGCCGAUGGGGAAGGGCUUCACAUUCACAAACACCAACGACCUCGCCGCGCUUCUCACAACCGCAUAUGCGCAGACCUCGGCGGCGGGAGAGCCCGCGAUAAAGAUCGUCUCUAUCACGAAUGACUCUGUCGCAACGCUGCUAUCUGCCGCCUAUGCGCACACCACCCCGCACUCCAAGACUGCCGCUGGCAUUAUUGCAGGAACUGGCACAAACGCAACAUGCAUGUGUCCCAUCGGGAAGCUACACCCCGCCAAGAAGCCGUCCGGCGGGAACGCGGGUGGUAUACUGCUGAACACAGAGUGGAGUAUCAAUGGCACUGCACCGCCGCUGCAGCCCUACGUGACGGACUGGGACAGGCACCUCGACGCGAGAAACGAGAAACCGGGCUUCCAGCCGCUCGAGGAAAUGCACUCCCUGCCCGCGGGGAUGUACCACGAGUACGGGGUGGACACGAAGCUGUGCGGUGAUGUCGAGGCCGCAUCCACCGACUCGGAUGCCCUGGCGCUGCUGGCCGACUAUUUCAGUGCCGACGGCGGGUGGGGCCUCGGCUUAGAGACGGCGGCGGUGUUUAAGCGCGUGUGUACCACGAUCAGCACGCGGGCGGCAGCGCUUGUUGCGGCAGCGACAGUGGGCGUGUUGGGCGUGAACGAUGAGCUGGAAGAUGGCGUGGAUAUCGUCGUGGGGUACACGGGGACUAUACUGGAGAAAUACCCGGGGUUCAAGGAGCGCUGCGAGGGCUUUAUGAGGGAGAUUGUGAGGAGGAUGCGGGGCAGUGAGGAGGGGGCGACAGUGACGCUGGUGGAGGCGCGGGAUGGGGGCAUUCUGGGGGCGGCGGUGUUGGCGGCUAUGGUGAAGGGUGGGAGCACGUAG